GAGAAACGAAAACAAUCACUAGUUCUAUACAUUUUCUCGUGAAUGUUUUACAUAGCAAGAAAUUAAUGUUAUGUCAAGUUGAAUAGUAGCUGUUCGACGUGGUUUUUCAUCUAGUGUAUAUUGGUCAUAGAUGUAAUUUUGUACCCUUAUUUCUUUAUCUUGCUCAUCCCAUUUAAAUUAGGGAAUACUUGUUUGAGAAAGGCUAAUAUUUUGACUUGGUAUUUGCAUGUGUGUUGUUUUUAAUGUUAAAUGCAGCAGCUGUAAAUCCAAAUGUGUUGUUGGAGCUCUUCUCGAUAUAUCAUGAUUGGCUGGAGGGGAAGGGCCAGCAGAUUAGCAAGAAACAGGAGGAGAUAGGAAAUAAGAUAGAAGUGGCAGAUGUUUUGGCAAUUAAACUUCUUCAAAGGUUUAAUUACACGGUGUCAGCAAUGAAGACUGCUUCGCAGAAUCUAUCAGAAGGUGGAGAUUGGGGAGUUAAAAGGGAGGCUGAAUGAGGUGAUUAGUAAUUGUGAUACAUUGUGCAGUAGAAUUACUACAGAGGGGCCAGAAUCUCUUCGUUCAUCAGUUAAGCCAUUUUCAACUGCCACUGCUGACUCAGAGAUCAGCUCUAGCUCAUCAUCUGUGCAAAGAGUAUGAAAAUCUUAUCCACCUUCAAACGAAGCCAGUUCAGACGAACUGUUUUAGGUUCUGUUUUCACCUUCUUUUUUCCUUGUGUAUAGUCAUUGUUUAACCCAUAAUCUCCAUUGGGAUCGAGAUUGCAUAUUGGAAACGUUGACAAAGAAGCUUAGUGGAUGAAAUGUGAGGACAAAUUGCUAAUCUUGUUCUGCCAUCCUUUCAUUAUCUUAAUUAAUCCAUGAUAGUUUCCUUCAAGAUGUUGAAAACAGUAUGUGCUGUUGCUGUAAAAUGUAAAGAUUAUGCUGAACCGA